CAGUGGGAAUUGAUGAUCAAACCCUCCUAGUAGUGGGAAUUGAUAACCAAUCCCUCCUAGCAGUGGGAAUUGAUAACCAAACCCUCCUAGCAGUGGGAAUUGAUGAUCAAACCCUCCUAGUAGUGGGAAUUGAUAACCAAACCCCCCUAGCAGUGGGAAUUGAUAACCAAACCCUUCUAGCAGUGGAAAUAGACAACCAAACCCUCCUAGAAGUGGGAAUUGAUAACCAAACCCUCCUAGCAGUGGGAAUUGAUAACCAAACCCUCCUAGCAGUGGGAAUUGAUAACCAAACCCUUCUAGCAGUGGAAAUAGAUAACCAAACCCUCCUAGAAGUGGGAAUUGAUAACCAAACCCUCCUAGCAGUGGGAAUUGAUAACCAAACGCUCCUAGCAGUGGGAAUUGAUAACCAAACCCUCCUAGCAGUGGGAAUUGAUAACCAAACCCUCCUAGCAGUGGGAAUUGAUGAUCAAACCCUCUUACUAGUGGGAAUUGAUAACCAAACCCUCCUAGCAAUGGGAAUUGAUAACCAAACCCUCCUAGCAGUGGGAAUUGAUAACCAAACCCAACUAGCAGUGGGAAUUGAUGAUCAAACCCUCCUAGUAGUGGGAAUUGAUAACCAAACCCUCCUAGCAGUGAGAAUUGAUGACCAAACCCUCCUAUUAGUGAGGAGUGAUAACCAAACCCUCCUAGUAGUGGGAAUUGAUAACCAAACCCUCCUAGCAGUGGGAUUGAUAACCCAUCCCUCCUAG